AUGUACGGAGUCGACCCGCCCCUUACCAUGAAGCGCGUCCGUAGCCAGAACUCCCAAAAAAAUCCACGCAACAAAGUAGUAGUGCGUGUCCCCGCAACCUCAGCGAACAUGGGCCCGGGCUUCGACGCACUCGGUUUGGGCCUAGAUAUUUGGAACGAGAUUAGUGUGGAGCGCGCGGCAAAGUUCAAGAUCACGACGGAGGGCGAGGGCGCCGGCGCCAUCCCGGAGACGGUGGACGACAACGGCGAGUCGAACCACAUGGUCAUCAAGGCCCUUAAAAGAGCCUUUGAAUACGCGGGCGAACCCAUGCCCCGGGUCAAGGUCCACUGCCGGAACCGGAUCCCGGUUUGUUCCGGGUUCGGGUCGUCGUCGGCGGCUAUUGUGGGAGGUUUAGUUGCUGGUCUAGCCUUGGCUGGCCUCGAGUUGCGAGCGGGCUACGACCCGGGCCACCCCCAGUGGCUGCCCGAAGAACUUUUACAAUUAGCGACGGAGAUGGAGGGCCACCCCGAUAACGUGGCGCCGUCCAUCUAUGGGGGCAUCCAGUUGUCCGUGCAGCUCUCACCGGUCGACAUGGGCGGCGGGCCUCGACUGAAUGCUCAGCUAGCCCUCUCUCGUAGAGUCCCCAUCCCCGAGGGUCUACGCUUAGUAGCCUACGUGCCGUCCGAAGCGACGAGGUUCUCCUUCGCCUCUGCGGACAAGACGAAUGAAAUGAGAGCUCUGUUGCCUCCGGAUGUCCCCAGAGAACAAGCCGUCUUCAACAUCCAGCGCACGGCGUUGUUGAUCGAUUGCCUUCAUCGCGGGGACCUUAGUCUCUUAAGAUUCGCGACGGAGGACGUCCUGCACCAGCCGGCGCGCGCGACGAUCUAUCCUCAUUUGAAACCGAUGUGCCAGGCGGCGAUCAACGCCGGCGCCCACGGCGCCUUCCUGAGUGGGGCGGGACCGACCAUCUUAGCGAUCUGCUCGGGCGCGACGGGCGGCGACAUCUUCACGCAGACGAGGGAAGAAAGACAGGAGAACGGCGUCGCGAAUGCGAUGAGAAGAGCGGUCGAUUCAUUAAGCACGAAGCACGACCAGUGGAAGGGGGGCAAGUUCUACAUCUGCUCGCCGUGCUACCAGGGCUGCCACGUCGUCUCGGCCGACCCGCCCAUGUCCGACGCGAUGGCGACGUUCGGCACGCUCGACGGGGACCUCUAG